CCAAGCACAAGGCACCACAACACAGCGUGCUCGUACCACGGCCAGUCCUAUUGGUGCUACGGUGGGUUUCCGACGUCUCCGAAACCCAAAAACCUAGCGAAUUCUGUGCACACUUGUGACGGCGCCACAGAUAAAAAAAUAAAAAAUGACGAAGUCGUGUAUCUUCGACAAGUGCUGCGGCUGCAUCGAUCUGAGGACGGGAUGUCUCAUCAUCGGUUACCUCAACUUGAUCGGUGCUAUAAUUGGUGUAGUGAUGGGUGCUAUAUUAGCCAUCGGCACUGGCGUCAUCCUCUCCAGCGACGAGUUCAAGGAACAAUUGCAUGACGACCAAGCUGCCGUGGUCACUACGUUCGCCGUUAUCCUCGCGGUCAUCCUCAUCAUUUUGUUCGUCUUUUUCUUCAUUAUGGUCGUCGUGUACUUAGUAGGAAUCCAUCAGAACAAAAGAGGCCAUGUGAAGGCUUACAUGGUGUUCGCGGUGAUCUUUCUAGUCAUCUACACUGUGAUGUUCUUCGUUGGAUUCGCCAACCCACCAAUCAGGGCCAGUGACGUGUGCUCGAAGCUCCUCAGCAUUCUUCUCAACGUGUACUUCUUACUUGUCAUCCGAAGCUACUAUUACAAGAUGAAUGACGCGAGCCGUCAGCCUGCCAUUUACAACACCGCCUAAGCGUCUAUAAAUAACAAGUGCACAUCAAUACAUCGUCCACAUAAACAGUAAACACAUCAAACAUUUGUCAAGUGAUUGUUAACUCUAUAAAAAUGAUCUUAUUGUUAUCCCCUGUGGAUGGUUUAAACAUAUUUGGUAGUGAAUCCUUGAUGAUGUUUAAAACUUAAAUAAAAUAUGUUUUUUUAUCUUACGAUAUUGCACUCUACCUUACGAUAUUCUU